CUUCUCCUUUUCUUUUUUUCUUCUUUUCAUUAAGUUUCAUUCUUUUAUGUUUUUAUCUCGGUUUACGUCUUCUCUACCAAGACAAAGAACAACAUUCUCUUUUACAACAUGUCAUGAUUGUCUUCAACGACCAAGUCGAUAUCAACAACGUCUUACUACUUUUAGGAUACAAACAUUCCAUUCCUCACGUCCUCAACCUAGCCCUAUCCUUCCACUUCCAGCCAUUCUUCUUGGUUUGUUAAAGUCGGGUAAAUUGGUCAGUUUUGUAUCAUUAUCUUCAAAAACAUCUUUGACAUUAUUACCACACACUUUUCGUCGAGAUAAGGGAAAACUUGUUGGCAAGAUAUUAGCUGGGAUUCCACUUUUCGGUUUGACUUUAUUAUUAGCAGUAGGAUUAGAUCAGGCUCCUAAUACUUCAAGAUUACGAUUCAUCUAUUUGACAGAAGAAGAGGAACAAGAGGAAGUAGAAAAGGCGAUAAAGGAAUUGAUGACACCUCACAUGGCGUUAGUGGCAUCUCGAGAAAGUCAACCAGUCUUAUGGCUUCAAACCAUUGUUGAUAACCUUUCCAAAGUAGCGAGUGAUGAUAUUCGAGACCCUGUGCGUCAAUACAACCAUUUAGAAAUAGCAGCAAAGGAUGAGGCAUUGAAAAAGUAUGAAGUGAAUCUGAUAUGUGAUGGUAAUACUCUCAAUGCAAUGUGUGCUGGACGCUAUAUUGUUGUAUAUGAUUUGAUGAUGCAAGCGAUGGAAUACGAUGAAACCAAGAUGGCGGUCAUUCUUAGUCAUGAAAUGGCCCAUUCUGUGCAACGACAUUUUGUGGAAACACAUGGCUUUGCUUCCCUAUUACUGAUGCUUGGUGAUAUCACACGUGGCGUAUUUUGGAUGGUGACUGAAUCUUUUGGACCCUAUGUGAAUCAAAAGAUCAAUGAAGCCAUCACAGCUUUCAUUGCUUUGGAAUCUGAAAAUACAUACAAUAGACAAUUGGAACGUGAAGCUGAUUUGGUAGGAUUGAAGUUUUUGGCUAAAGCUGGUUAUGAUCCUCGUGUCGCUAUAGAAGUAUGGACAAGAAUGGCGGAAAUAGAAGAAAGAGUCAAGGAAUUACAAGAAGAUGAUAUCAAAGCGUUAGAAAAACAACAAUCGUCAAUACAAGGACAAAACUCUGUAGGUGCUAUGAUGGAAAAUUUGAUUAAUCUAUGGUUUGGUUCAAGUCAUCCUCCAAGUCAGGAACGUGUGGAAUAUAUGCAGGAACAUAUGGAUGAAGCUGUGGCCUUGUAUGAAGAUACCCUACGACUCAAUGGAAAACCUGAUCAUUUUGAUUGGAAUCCUUAUUCAACUGAAGAAGAAAAAACGACAAAGAAUAGUUAUUUUUGGGAUUUAUGGUCUUCUUUUAUCCAUUCAAUAAAAAAUUAAUUUUUUUUUUUUAUUCUCG